GCACCCAUCCCACCACCCACUCCGCCGCACCACCCACAGACGAAGGAGAGGACACGAGGAGAAAUGGCGAUGGCGGCGGCGAGGAGGGCCCUCCUGAGCCACCUGCGCGUGCCGGUGGCUCGUCCGGCCGCUGCGGCGGCGGCGGGCACCGGCGUCCCCGCCGCGCGGCUCCUGUCGUCGGCGACGGAUGAGGGGGCCAAGGGCUCGUUCCUCGACAAGGGCGAGGUCGCCGACCGCAUCGUCUCCGUCGUCAAGAACUUCCAGAAGGUCGAGCCCUCCAAGGUGACUCCAAAUGCUCAUUUCCAGAAGGACCUUGGACUUGAUAGCCUGGAUACGGUUGAGAUUGUCAUGGCCUUUGAGGAAGAAUUUGGCUUCGAGAUCCCAGACAAUGAGGCAGAGAAGAUUGAUUCCAUCAAAACGGCAGUUGACUUCAUUGCAUCGCAUCCUCAAGCAAAAUAAGGAUCUGUGCAAAUUCUCAGUUACUGCUUCCGUUAGCCCAUUUUUUUUCGCAUGAACCAAUCUGUGUCAGCAGAGGACCAGUUUUCUUGUGUUUGCUCUGCAUAACCAUAUUCUGAGGGUUAUCCUUCUUACACAACUUGAAUAGGAAAUCGUUUUUUUUUAAUUGGCUGUUUUGAAUAAGCUUUGCCGCAUUUGGCUGUGUGAGGCUUUAUAUGAUGCUAAUUGCAGCCAAACUUGAGAUGCUAUAUUGCUGGUUGUAGAUCUUGUGCAAACCAGGGU